AUGGGUGGACCGGGAAGCGGAAUGAUACCAAAAGGAGUUGGUGCUCCCCCGCCACCCGGGAUGGAUAAUCGUCGUGGAAAAUUGAUGUGUAUCAAAGUUCGUAUGCUUGACGAUUCUGUUGGUGUAUUUCAUUUAGGACAUAAAGCACUUGGACAGGCUUUAUUUGAUGAAGUAUGCCGUCAUUUGAAUUUAUUGGAAUGUGAUUAUUUCAGUCUUGAAUUUACCGACUGCUAUGGCAAUCGCUGCUGGUUAGAUAAAGAUAAGCCUAUUUUACGACAAAUUACUACAACUCAUAGUGAUGCUCGUUUCUAUUUCAUCGUCAAAUUUUACACACCAAAUCCAGCAGAUCUUGUUGAAGAAUAUACGUAUUUAUUUGCUUUGCAAAUUAAACGUGAUCUUGCAAUGGGUGAAUUAUUAUGUAAUGAGAAUACAGCUGCUCUUCUAGCUUCAUAUAUUGUCCAAUCAGAUUGUGGUGAUUUUGCACCUGAAGACUAUCCUGAUGAUAGUUAUUUGUCAAGUGCACGUUUUAUACCUAAUCAAAGUAUCGAAUUUCAACGAAAAGUUAUGGAAAAUCACAAAAAACUAAUUGGUAUGACUCCUGGUGAAAGUGAUUUAACUCUUCUUGAAACUGCACGACGUUGUGACUACUAUGGUGUGAAGUUACAUGCUGCUAAGGAUGUGGAAGGUACCGAAAUAGGCUUAACAAUUGCUCACAUGGGUAUUCGAAUAUUCCAUCAGCUUCAAUGUGUUUCAACAUUCUCUUGGGCUAAAAUUCGAAAGCUAUCAUUUAAACGUCGUAAAUUGUUAAUAAAGCUACAUCCGGAAAGUCAUCAAUUUUAUAAAGAAACGAUUGAAUUUUUAUUUGAAACUAGAAAUGAGUGCAAAAAUUUCUGGAAGAAAUGCGUCGAACAUCAUACAUUCUUCCGUUGUAUUGAAGUAUUACCAGUGAAAAAAACUCGUGAAGGUCGUUUCUUCAGUAAAGGUUCCGCUUUCAGGUAUCAAGGUAGGACUCAAAAGCAAUUAAUUGAUUAUAUUCGAGAACAUCGAAAACGACGUGAACCAUUUACAAGGCCAAUUAAAUCAGGUCUUUCAUCUUCAUCAAAUGGUCGAUUGUCACGACCAGCUUUCUUUGAUAUGACAUAUCAUCCUGCUUAUGCAACAGUAAGUGAACGAUCAGUGAAUUUGAUUGGUUCUGGAACGUUACCUUCUAGAAAUGUACCAGUUUAUGCAAAAUAUUGCAUAAAUGGUGAACGAUCAAUGAAUCGUGGUUCAUGUAUAAGUAGCCAAAGCUAUGGUCAAAGUACAGGUCAACAAUCAGGUACGAUGAGUUAUUUUCCCGGUGAGAUAACUCCAAAUAACUAUGGUACCACUACCAGUAUUCGUAAUCAUCAUCAUCAUCAUCGAAAUUCGCAAAAUUAUCCCAGUAAUAGUAGUGCUGCGGCAAUAAAUGGUGAACGAAUGUGUUUGAGUGAUAUGGAAAGUAAUGAUGUAUGUUCAUUAGCUGGUGGUGGUACCAUGAAUUCGCGCUACAAACAGCAGCAUUCUGAUUUUAGACCUCUAAAACAAUCCACUGUUAAAGGUAUAAAAGCAGGAGCAAUAGCGGAAACUGAUAAUACUGAUAAUAUCAUAACUGCAUCAGAUAAUGAUGCUAUUACAUCAGUAUCGUUACCAAAUGUGCUUGGUGAUGAUGUGCAAAUUGUUUGUCGUGAAUUUGAGCUUAAAUGUGAAUGCCCACCUAAGUCUGCAUCUGGUGAUAAUUUCUUGGAAUUACAUCAAACACCUCGUGAUUAUGAUAAUAUUAGUGAAGGAUCGUAUAAAUUAUCUGAUAAUGAGCUACGAUUAGCACAUUCCGAUGUCCCGACUGUUCCGGUGAAUCCUGUUUAUGCUACUACUUUCACAGCUAAGCGUGUUGGUAAUGUUAUUGUUAAGAAGGUGGUUUCAAAUACUCGUUCAACACCGAAUACUACUGAUGAUGAAGAUGCGUACAGCGGAAAACGGUUAGGUAGUGGUCGAAGGAAAGUAGAAGUGGGACGUAAUCAACGAGAUAAUUCAGGACAGGUUUAUCAGCAUGAAUCUUCCUCUAAAAGUAAUCAAGUUGAAGUUGGUGAUACAAGUUCGCAACAACGAUUCUACACUGAGAGGAAGCAUCCCUCAUCGGCACCAUCUUCAUAUGCGGAAUAUCCCUUACAUCAAAAAUUGGUACCUAUCGAGAUUGAUGGUCCAAAUGUUAAUCUGGAUGAACAUAGGAAGUUAAGUAGUAAGAAGGAAAUUAGUAGGGUUUCAAAGGUAAAUGGUACCGCUCCACCACAGGCUCCUAUUCGUUCACCUAUUACGAAGGUAGAAUCAGAUUGUUGGCCCGUAACCAUUGAUGCUCAACCUUCUGAUUCACGUACCAAGGAAGUGCAAUCAAAGCAUUCGAAAAUUGUCUAUACAUCGAAAGGUACCAUUUUGCAGAGACCAAAAAUAAUCCCAGAUGAGGAUGACUUAAGCGCUAAUGAAAAUAUCUACAGUAAUGUUAGCUUCACUCAUGCCUCAGAUAGCGGUCAGAGCUACAUGACAAUAGUUCAACCACAACAAACUCCCAAAACAUAUGGUGCAAUUGGACCAUUACCGGGUAAAGUUAUAACUAAGGAAAAUCUGGUAAUCACUCCAGAAGGUUAUCGAGAACGUAAACCAAAACCGGUGGUACCUCCGAAGCCAAAAAAACUUACCUCUACUUCAGAAACUGGCUUUACAGAAUCAGCUCCAGUCUUACGUGUACCAGAAGUAAAACCAUGUCAUCCAGUUGUAAAUCUUCAAAAAGAAGGAACUCUUCCAUCUUGUACGGUAUCAUCAAGUACGCGUGAACUGAAUCGUCCAACGCUAAUUUCGGUGCAAAGUGAGGAUUAUCCAGAAAUUCAGAAAUGUCAUCUCUUCAAUAGCGAUAUUCCAUAUGUGCUUACAAUGCGUAAUAUAUCCAGUGAAGCUGAAGGGUCAUUUUCGACUUUUAAAGAUACCAGUAGUAAGAGUACGGUUUCAGAAGUUUUAACCAACGCUAUGGAGAGUGGUAGUCAGCAUAGAUCACUGUCAGGUUCACGUAGCCCAGAUAGUUUGAGAAGAAGGAAAUCCCUAGAUUUAGUACCCAAAAAGCGAUUACCUUCACCAGGUAAUUUCUCCUCUCAAGAUCAUUCAUUAUCAUCUUCUACACCUGAUUCUGGCGAUGUCUUAGAAUAUUUGUUACGAAGACGAAAUGUUGAGAAGUCCGCAAUUGCAAAACGUGGACGUCGUGGUGAUCCACGUCGACAAACUCAACCUGUACGUUUUAAUAUUCCACCAAAUGUCAAGAGUGAAAAACAACAGAUUGGUGCAAUAUCACAACCUAAUUUAAAUGAUAACGAUGAGGAAACGACAUAUGUCAGUGAUGAGAAUGAUGAAAAAUGUGAAAAGAUGACAAAAGAUUUGAAAGAGAAUGAUCGGAUCGAUACAAAUCGAAAUAUUGAUUGUGAAUUCAAAACAGCAAUAGAACAAUUAUCGGAAAAUCAGAAGGAAAAAAUGGAACAUUCAACAAAUAAUGAUAUAACAAUCAUUGGAAAUGAAGCAAUAGAUUCAACGAAUGUUGAUGAUUUCCCGCCACCGCCACCACCACCACCACCACCACCUCCUCCUCCUCCUCCUCAAUCAUUACCGGUUGUUUUGAUGCAAUCGGUAAAUUCGAUAACACCACAACCAAUCACUGAAGCAUGCAUGCAAGAAAGUGUAGAAACAUUACCUUAUGCUGAUGAAUCAACCUCUUCUCGAGCAUCUUGUGCUUCCAAAGAUGAAGCAGCCGAAAAAAUUUCAUCAACAGCAUCAUCAACCUUAAGAACACCUACCGGUGUCCUAUGGACUGAUUUUUAA